AUGACUACCAAUAACACGAACACUAGUACUAGUACCAGUGGGGGUGGAGGGGGUUUUGGAAGCAAGAUCAAAGGGGCUGCGCAAGUCAUCCACGGGUUCGGCGAAAAUAUCCGAGGCACUGCACUUGGGGCUGCCGACCGUGCUACGAGCUCCGUAGCUGGCGUCCAAAAAAACGAGGAUCUCGCUACACAGGGCCGUGCUGAGAUGGCCGCGGGUAUGGCAAUGUUGAGAGGUCAUCCUCCCGCGCCUCAAGUUGCCCCUACUGAAACGACAACAGCUGGAACGGGACCCCCAGGAACGGCGCCUGCCGAUCAAGGAACGACUGCGGGGACUAAGACUAGCACCGCCGCAGCCGGUGGUGUUGCUACUGGGGUGACGGAUCAGGGUCGACAGCAGGGAACGGGUGAUGAAAAAUCAAGGGCAGCUGGGGAAAAGAGCGGACCUGAAUCAACAGGUCCGGGUGCUACUCAGACUGGUCGUGAGGCCGCUGUAGCCGCAGGUGCUGGGCAGGGUCCUGGUGGGGCUGCUGCAAGUACAGGCACAGCGUCCGAGCCGAACAGGCAAUACCCGAGUGCUGUAAGUCAGCAAGAAGGGAAACGGGACGAUCAGGGUGUCCCAGAGCGUUCACAGAGCGGCGAUACCAGCCAGACUCGUGCGCAGGGGGCCACAGAAGAUCGCCCUCAACAAACAAGUCAACGACCGUCCCAGCAGAGGGUAGAUGAACCAAACAAAGCGGGACAAAUGGGUGCCCAGAAAGAAGGUGGACAACAGGGCGGAUGGACGGGCACCGAAGAACCGGGACGGUCUGAACACAUUUAUUUCCAGGGUACCUCGACGGACGAAGGAGGUGAACGACCGUCUCAACAAACGGCAGACAAGCCGAAAGAGGAAGGACAGGUCUAUCGCGAAGGUGCCCGACAGGAAGGUGGACAGCAAAGCAAUCAAGCGCGCGCCGCACAAGAGCCUAAGGAGGAAAAUAAACCUUUCUGUUUCCAGGGUAUCUCGGCGGAUGAAGGAAGUGAACAACCGUCUCAACAAACGGCAGAAAAACCGAAAGAGGUCUAUCACGAAGGUGCCCGACAGGAAGGUGAACAGCAAGGCAGUCAAGCGCGCGCCGCACAAGAGCCUGAGGGGGGAAAUAAACCUUUCUGUUUCCAGGGUAUUUCGGCAGACGAAGGAGGUGAAUAA